GGCUCAUCCCGCCAAUCAUGUAAGCGCCAAGAUUUUGUCUGCACACUCUCCAAAUCUCGAGCUUCGGAGGUUGUUUCGAACGCCAACGACAUUCUCUGCCACCCUUUCACUAACCCACCAGCAACACAGCAAGAAAAAUGGCAGACCGUGGUGGAGCAGCUCCUGGUGGCGCCCGUGGCGGCUUCGGCUCGCGCGGCGAUCGUGGUGGUGACCGCGGUGGACGUGGCCGUGGCCGUGGCAGAGGUCGUCGCGGCGGCGCAAAGAGCGACGAGAAGGAAUGGCAGCCAGUCACCAAGCUCGGCCGUCUCGUAAAGGCCGGCAAGAUCAAGAGCAUGGAGGAGAUCUACCUGCACUCUCUCCCAAUCAAGGAGUACCAGAUCGUCGACUUCUUCUUGCCAAAGCUCAAGGACGAGGUCAUGAAGAUCAAGCCAGUCCAGAAGCAGACCCGUGCUGGUCAGCGUACCCGUUUCAAGGCCAUCGUCGUGAUCGGAGACAGCGAGGGCCACAUCGGUCUUGGCAUCAAGACCUCCAAGGAAGUCGCUACUGCCAUCCGUGCUGCCAUCAUCAUCGCAAAGCUCUCGGUCGUGCCAAUCCGCCGUGGUUACUGGGGAACCAACCUCGGUGAGCCUCACUCCAUCCCAGUGAAGGAGUCUGGCAAGUGCGGUUCCGUCACCGUUCGUCUCAUCCCAGCUCCUCGCGGUACUGGCUUGGUCGCUUCUCCAGCUGUCAAGCGUCUGUUGCAAUUGGCAGGUGUCAACGACAUCUACACUGCCUCUUCCGGAUCCACCAAGACCCUCGAGAACACCCUCAAGGCCACUUUCGUUGCCAUCACCAACACCUACGGCUUCCUCACUCCUAACCUCUGGAAGGAGACCAAGCUCACCCGCUCACCUCUCGAGGAGUACUCCGACGUGCUCCGUGAUGGCAAGCGCUACUAGAUGGAUUCCGAAGUUGCUCUACUGAGGCUGAAAAGGAGCCCACGUUACGAAGGAUACGUACAGCAAAAUAGACGCGUGACCGGAUUCGGUUCUGAAUUAGGCGAUCGCUGAGCUUCAUCCGCCACUGGCAGAGAUGGUGGGCCCAAUGUAGUUCAACUUGAGCCAAGAACGAAUCUCAUGUGUCAUACACUUUGCCUCAAAAUCACAUUCUCUCACAGUAAUGUUUUGCUUAGUGACGACUAGGGCAAUAGAUUUCGUCAGAGUUGACAACCACUCAUAGUAAUGCUUUACUUACUGACACCUCGUAUAGAUGUAAAUCGAAAGAGGAUGAAGGACACGCGUCACUCGGAAAUUCCGUACCGAUUUCGAGAGUCUACAAGCCUCCCUUGCCAGACCAUUGGAUAUCAUCCAACAGCGGCUCUGCUGCCUGCUUGAAUUACGAUGUCAACUUCGUGCGCGGUAUUUGAAGGCAAUCCAGGCCACUUGCGUUGAUGGCUGAGUAAUGGAAGUAUCAGACUCGAUCUGGCCCCGGUCAACGCUCAAGCGCGAAAAGCAGACAACCCCCUAAGGUAUUCUGACGCACAGUCAGACCUCAUACUCGAUCCUGCUUCCCAGCACGUAGUGAUACUCAAGUUUCCAAGACCGCCUGCUGACUUGGUGAGACAAUCACAAACCUGAGUCCACGGGAGGGAGUCUAACAAGAAUGGGAAAGAUCUUAACAAUCACCAGGAUAGUAAUCAUCCACGAGGAUUAUGGGCGAAUGCGAGUCAUCCUCUUGGCCUGGCUCCGAGACGAGGAAGACAGGCAAUAGCCUUUAGCUCGCGCGCGAAAUCUUGAGGAUUUGCCCUAAAUGUCCAACCUAUAUCGCAAAUUGACUCUCGCACGAAACGUAUUGACUCACGAC